AUGAAUCGCUUUUCUGAAGAGAACAAGUACAGCGACAUCGUCGCCUUCAAGAGGAAGAUGAUCAAACGUAUCCCACUGACCGUCUCGGAUACUUACCGCGCCACGCUCAUCAAGACAAUCAAUCUCUUGAUUGACACGCCCGACCCUGUCAACUGCACUCUCUAUUGGAAGGUCAACGCCGAAUAUGUCUCCAAUGUUGAGCCUCCCUCCCACUUCGUCAUCGCACUCUGUCUCGCCACGGAUUCGCUCGCCCUUGAGGGUCAAGCCCUUGAAUUCCAGAAGGAGUUCUAUGCCAAGAACGCCGAUGUGGCUCACCACUUGAAUGACUGGACUAUACAGGGCCUCAUCAAUCAUCACAACAAGAAAAUCCUCUCGGGAGACCUCGCUGGCAAUUAUGUCCCCAACGUUGACGGCACUCCUUGGAACCCAGAGGCCAUCGUUGUCAGUCACCCCGACCACAAGCGCUCCGCCUCUGCCAUUAAGGAUAUGGAGGCUGGCCCAUCGUCCAAGAGAGGUCACUUGGCCCAGGAGGCGUCCACGCCGAUCCCCUUCUUCGAGAACAAGGACACUCCCCGUCUCAACUUCCUCGCCAAGGCAGAAGAGGUCCCCAAGGACUUGCGCCCCAUCAUCCCUCUCAUGCCUGAAGCCCCUAGAAGCCCGUCCAUUGAAGGACCUUUGUGCCUUCCCCUUCUUCGCGAACGCCAAUCCUCGCCCGACAUCUUCGCCAACAUCAUCCCGGGUAUGAAAGUGGACGAGGAGCACCGCCUCGACAAUGGCUCUCUCUUCAACAACCCAGCCAGAGGACCCGUGGCGCCCAUGGCGGGUAUGAAAGAGGGUGACGAGCAUCUUGGCAACGGCUCUUUCUCCAAUAACCUAUUCCCUCUUGCGGACUAUCACAACCCAUUCAGCCCUGCUCGCGAGCCAUCCACCUUCCUCGCCAAUGACGACUACGGCAACGACAGCCUUGGCAACAACUAUGGCAUUGCCUCGGCUGGCUAUAACCCUGGCGGCUCUUCUGGCUUCUCCGACAGUCUGGGGGACUCCCUGCCUGUCGACCCGUCUGGCGACUCCUCCUACAACGACAACAACCCCAUCGCCUGGUCUGACGCCGCCCUUGAGGCUCCCAUGACCGUCUACAGUAUCCCCCCCGCUGCCAUUGCCGGCUCCAUUCCCGCGCCCCCGGUUGUCGCCCACGACUUCGAUGUCAAUGAGAGCGCUUCUCAGAACUCUGCUCUUGAAGCCUCUGUUGCUCAAGCCUCCGCUGAUGCUCCUAUCUCUCCCGCUGACAUCCCCAGCAAUGAGGUCGCUAACUCCUGGAUCGCAGCCGAGCAAGCCUCCGCCACGAGAAUCGCCCGCCUUGUCGCCCGCAUCGCCCAAAAGCACACCGAGGCCAAAGACAAGAUCAAGCGCGCCAACGCCCUCCGCAGCGAACACGCCGCGAUGGUCAAGCCCUUGCCCCUCAUAACCAACGGGCCCCGCGGCGCCUACGUCACCGCCACCGACGGCGACGCUCUUUGCGACUUCGUCAUGAAGGCCCACGACUACGAGGCCCGCGCGCAGAGGCAUAACGGCGAGGCGAUGCAGGACAUGUUCGAGGCUUCCCUUCUCGAGAAGGAGCGCUACGACGAGUGCGUUGAUGCUGGUAACAAGCGCGUUGAGCGUAUUCAGGCGCUGGUCUCCAAGAUUGCCGGGGUUGCUAGGGACGCGCAGGGCGUUAUGCUUGGUGCCCGCCCUGGCCAGGGACCUGAAAUGCCGGGUGCGGUGAAGGAUAUUGGAGAUGUCAUGGACAGAGUGGCGCAGCUUCAGCAGGCUGCGGACUUUCAGGUCCAGCAGGUGCAGAUGCUGAAGGGGGAGUUUCAGCAGUAUCGGGAGUAUCGGGAGUUUAUGCGGCAGUUGGAGUAG